AUGGAAUUUAAUACGAAACAUCGAAAAUUAUCCAAAACUAAAAAUUCUGUUCGUGCGCCUUCAUCUGCUAAACCACGAUUAACCAAAAAGAAGACUAUAGUUCGAAAACGAAAAUGUGUAUGCCUCCCUGAAAAUUAUUCGGUAGUAGAGUUUCCGUCAAUAUGGAAUGAGUUGCGACAAAACGGUCAACUUUGCGAUGGUACGAUCGUUUGUAGGGACAUGAAAUCUAUUCGCGUGCAUCGGGCUAUAUUAUCUGCCGUAAGUCCAUAUUUUAAAGCUAUAUUUAUAAAUUCAUUAAGAAAAGGAGAGCCAGAAGAGAAAGAGAUAUUUGUUGAUGUUCCCAGUUAUUAUAUGAAUUUGAUACUUGAUUACGCUUAUACGGGAACAUGCAUAGUAACUGCAGAAAACGUGGAAUAUCUGCUGCCAUAUGCUGAUCAAUUCGAUGUUGUCGGAGUCAUCCAACUGUGUUGCCAGUAUCUUUUGCAAGAAUUAAGACCACAUAAUUGUCUUGGUAUUUUCAAGUUCGCAAGGUAUUAUUUCUGUGGAGAGUUGGAAAAGAAAGGAAAGUUAUAUAUAAGACAGAACUUUAGCAGGAUUCUUAAGGAAUGUAAUGAAUUUAAAUCUCUUACAUUUGAUGAACUGGAGGACAUUCUAAGGGAUGACGAAUUAAAUGUCCGUAAUGAAGAAAUAGUAUUCCAAGCUGUAAAAACCUGGGUAGAAUACGAUAUCGAAAACAGGAAGAGAUAUAUACCUUCGCUAUUAUCUUGCGUGCGGUUUGGUCAUAUAAGUUAUAAAUAUUUUAAAUCAAAAAUACUACAAUGGCAGCCUGUAGUUGAUGAUUCGAACACUCAGGAAGCCUUAUAUCCAGCCGUGGUGUUUCAUACUUUACUAGAUUCAAGACCUGGAACAGAAGCUGACCUCAAUGAUCCGCUAGCAAGGCCACGAAUACCAUACGAGAUACUUUUUGCGGUGGGAGGAUGGAGUGCAGGAAGUCCAACAAGUUUUGUAGAAACUUAUGACACAAGGGCUGACAGGUGGUUUCUUUCUAUCCACAUGGAUUUAACGCCACGCGCAUAUCACGGACUGUGUACGCUCAACAACUUGAUUUACAUGAUCGGUGGGUUCGAUGGCAGUGAUCACUUCAAUACCGUACGAUGCUACGAUCCUGUAGCCAAUACAUGGCAUGAAAGAGCCUGUGGAUAUAAUGGACGCACGCGCAUGUCCUCUGUGGAGCGAUAUUAUCCAGACAAAAAUCAAUGGGAGAUGACCACACCGAUGAACAAACAGCGAUCAGAUGCUAGUGCCGCUUCAUUGAGCGGCAAGAUAUACAUAGUGGGCGGUUUCAACGGACAAGAAGUGCUGAGUUCGGCGGAGGUUUUCGACGCGGACACGAAACAGUGGAGCUUCAUUAGGUCAAUGCUGAGCCCUCGGUCAGGUGUCAGCCUCAUUGCUUACCGAGACUGCCUGUACGCGCUUGGCGGUUUCAACGGAUACAGUCGACUCAACACAGGUGAAAGAUUCAACCCAAGCCGCGGUGGCGACUGGCAGGAGGUGACUGAAAUGUUCAGUGCUCGGAGUAACUUUGCGACGGUGCUUCUGGACGAUAUGAUAUUCGUUAUCGGAGGCUUCAAUGGUAAUCGACAUAAUUUGUUGUUACGAUUUUAGCAUUAAAUUAGUCUUCUACAGUGUUAUUAUUAAACAAGGUUUAGUUUUGGAGUAAAUUCACGUUGAGACUGUACUUUGUAUUAGUCACAAUUCAUAUUAUUAAACAGAAACUUAGCAAAGGUGAACCUAGUACGAGGUUUUACGGGAGUAAUAUUUACUCCUAGAAAGUAAUAGGUUUGCUUAUUCUCUGUAAUAUAUGAAUUUGGACAUUAGUCUAUUGCACUAUUUUUAUUAUUAUUUUAUUCAAUAUGGACUUAAUGAUAUGCAAUUAUGAUUUCACUCAUUAAUCUUACAUAAUAUCUUUGGUUCCUCGCUAAUCAAUCAAACUUAGGUCAAAGCUGAAAAUCGGCAGUGUGCUUGCGUUAAGUAAACAUUUUGCCGAGCUUUUGUCCUUUUUGCAUCGUCCCGGCAUACCUGUGGCCCGGUGUAUGUUUUAAAUAAUUAUUUAAUUUGCUUUUAUUUUAUUUCUUUGUUUAUAAUUUAAUUAUUUCAAUGUGUAUAUGUAUAUUGUAGCGUGUCUUAUUGUUGAUUGAUGCAAAUAAAAUUAUCAUUCAUUCAUUCAUUCACUAACGCUGCAAUUAUAGCGUAAAUUUACUCUCACGCUAUAUUAUACCUUGUAUAUUAAUAGCACUGCUAAGUUCUUCUAUUAAAAUAAGACGAAUCAACUUUUCUAUAAAUUUAAUAUAUGCCUAUCACUUUAAGCUGAGUAGCUAAUCAUGUAUAUGAUUGCAAGAUGUUCUAUAAAAAUCCAAACCCGAAUUCGAAUUCACUACAAAAAAUGGCAGCCGCUCAAUCUUGAAUUGAUAAUAACAUUCCAUUCCAUUUUUGAAUUUGUUCAAUGUAUUCGAUGUUGUUGUUUGACAAUUCGUGGCGUAGUGUAUAAGCGCCACGGCCUGCGAUGGUUAUUGUAAAGCUCAACAAGGGUCGGUCACGGGAUGGGUAACCAAGAUAAAAUUAUCUUGAGCUAUUCCGUGCUUCUGAAGAUACAUUUAGCCGUUAGUCCCUGUGGUGUUAUUUGCAGACGUUAAUACCUUCCAAUCCGCAUUGGGCCAACGUGGAGGGUCAUGACACAUCCUCCUUGACCAUCUUUAAGGAAGCCUGAGCAGUUUUUAACGCUAGGGAAAUGCAACCUUAAGUCUUAAACCAGGGCUCCCCGACCCCGUACCCAUCCUGAAAAGGCUUAAGCGAGGCUGGCCUACUUGGUAAAACCCGCUGCGAAUACCCUCCGGGGGAGGGGCGGAGGGGGGGGAGAGGACACGGGAUCCGGCAAGGUCCAGCCCCACUAAAACCUGAGCCCCUGAAGUGGGACGUAAAAGUGCUGCUGAUGGCGAUGAUGCGAUGUUGUUUAUUUAUUUAUUUACUAAUCUGAAUAAGGUAGUCGAAUAGAAGAAGUUUUUGAACCUAGGGUCAAUUAUUCUAGGGUCCACCACCAUUCCUCACGUAGAAUGCUACGAUGGUGACACAUUAGAAUGGUACGACGCCGCCCCCAUGAACCUGAAUCGCUCAGCUCUGAGCGCGUGCGUGUUAUCAGGGUUGCCAAACGCGCGCUCUUUCUCUUACCUAGCUAAAGCGGUGCCGGCAGCGGGAGCAGAUCAAGCACAUCGUUCUUAAAAAAUAAUAUUAAAAAGACUAUCCGCCGGUCUCUGAAUUGAGAAAAAUACAAAUUCUCAACUGAUUGUUCUUAAUAACUAAUGUUUUUUUAAGUUUCACAAAGCAGAGUAUAUAGUUUUGUCAAACUGCUGUCGACUGUUCAUCAAAGAAAUUUAAAUCUGAAACGAAAACCUGUUUUGUACGCUUUGAGAAGUACCUACCUUUACAUUGUUAAUUCAGAAACCGGGGUGUUAAUCAAAAUACAAAACAGUACAAACCACUUUUACGAGUAAAUCCUUCGCUGCCGUUGUCGUUUACCAUGUAAUUGUGUAUUAUUUAGCCAUGUAA